AUGAGAAUUCUCAAAGGAAAAUCCAAAAAGCAAAUCCUUAAUCCCCAUCCCAUUUAAGAGCUAUCAAAAUUUUUUCGCUUCCUCUAAAAGUUCCCUUUUUGUAAAGCUUUUGAUUUAAAAAUCCCAUUUGCAAAUAUGCGUAAAGAAAAGUCUCAUGUAAUUUAUAAAAUUUAUAAUAAAUGGUGCGAAAUUUGCUUAAAUUUAAAUAGAAUAGCUUGAAAUCUUAUUAUCAUAAUCAAAAGCUUGACUUAUUUAAAAACAUUUUACUCCUCUUAAAGUGUUUAUAAUUUUUUCCAAAAAUAGAUUUGAUUACUUUAAGCUGGGCGAAGUUAGUAUCCCUCAAGUUUUACAAAGAAUCGAAGCUUUAGAUGCCAAAACCAAACGAAUUGCCCACCUCCUUGGCUACCGUAGCAACGAAAUAUCAAAAACUUUCCGACAAAUGUUAACAAUGUGCAACUCUGUAUCUAUCAUUUUUUUACAAUUUGAUUUAUUACACGCAGCUCUCUAUAUCCUUUUAAAAGCAGCUGAAACUGACGUCUGUAUGUUUUUUGAAGGCAACUCAUCAGAUAGAAUUUGACAUGGCAGAGUCCUCGUCUAUUGCAAUCUUGGCUAUUUUUUACAUAGAAUUGAUGACUACACAGGCAGUUUAAAAUUCCUUUAUGAUGCAGAAAGCCUUAUCCUUGAAAUUAAAGAUAUGAAAAGAAGGGCAACAGCCCUCAAUACAGGCGAUAUAAUGCUUGCCCAUGCUUCUAUAGCUUUUUUAGUGUUAUGCAGAAUUGAGAGAUUUAAAGAAGCUGAGCAGUAUCUGGAAAUCCUUACAACACAAUUUAAUUCUAUAAUAAAAGGAAGAAGAAGCAAAAUAAAUAGCACUGGGCUGUCGAACUUGUAUUGCCUUAUACAUCUGUCGAUUGAACUUUUUAGGGUCAUGAAAGGAGUUGAUAUGGAGGAAGCAAUUUCGAGCUGUAAAGCAGCAUUAGAAAACGUGAAAAAUGAAAAAACAGCUGCGAUGACGCUACUAGAGCGAUUUUCACAGUCAAAAGAAUACAAUGAAGGGCUUGAUAUUUUACUAUCUGAUGAAUUUCAGAGUGUUAUGUUCAUAACAGCCUUUUUCCCCUUCAUAGGCACUUCUACUCCUAUAAUUAACUUCACCGAGCUUUGUCAAGCCCAAGAACGAGCCCGAUUCAGUCCUAUCACAAAAGCAGACAUCCCAAGCAUGAUUGCUCCAAAUCUUAGCCCUAGCGAUAUUCCUGAUAACUAUUCUUUGAUAAUGAAAACUGCGCUAGCCUCUGUAAAAGGUCAUAAUUAG